GGACGAGCGGUGGUAGUUGAAUCAUCCAGCAGUUCGAACUGCACUUCCUGUUGAUGUUGAUGCCUUUAAAUGCACCGUCUGAUCUUCAUCAUCCCACCACGCCGUAACAACUCGACUAUCUAGAGACAAGGGAAGGAAGCUUCUGAUCGAUGGCUCCGGGUGCGACGGUUCUUCCGACGAAUGAGGAGACGCUGCGGGCGAGCUUCGUCCGCGACGAGGACGAGCGGCCCAAGGUAGCUUACAACCACUUCAGCCACGACAUUCCAGUCAUCUCUCUCGCGGGGAUCGACGACGAGACUGCCAGUGGUGACGGAGGGAAGAGGGAGGAGAUCCGCCGCAGGAUCGUGGAAGCCUGCGAGGACUGGGGCGUGUUCCAGGUGGUGGACCACGGCGUCGACGCCGGCCUCAUCUCCGAGAUGACGCGCCUCGCGAGGGAGUUCUUCGCGCUCCCGCCGGAGGAGAAGCUCCGGUUCGACAUGUCCGGCGGCAAGAAGGGCGGCUUCAUCGUCUCCAGCCACUUGCAGGGAGAGGCGGUUCAGGACUGGAGGGAGAUCGUGACCUACUUCUCCUACCCGCUGCCCGCCCGCGACUACUCGCGGUGGCCGGACAAGCCCGAGGGAUGGCGGUCGGUGGUGGAGGCGUACAGCGAGAAGCUGAUGGGACUGGCGUGCAAGUUGCUGGAGGUGCUGUCGGAGGCGAUGGGCCUCGACAAGGAGGCUCUCACCAAAGCCUGCAUCGACAUGGACCAGAAGGUCGUGGUCAACUACUACCCCAAGUGCCCGCAGCCCGACCUCACCCUCGGCCUCAAGCGCCACACCGACCCCGGCACCAUCACCCUCCUCCUCCAAGACCAGGUCGGCGGCCUCCAAGCCACCAAGGACGGCGGCACGACAUGGAUCACGGUCGAGCCCGUGGAGGGCGCCUUCGUCGUCAACCUCGGCGACCAUGGCCACUACCUGAGCAACGGCCGGUUUAAGAACGCGGACCAUCAGGCGGUGGUGAACUCCAACUGCAGCAGGUUGUCGAUCGCGACGUUUCAGAACCCUGCACCGGAGGCGAUCGUGUACCCGCUGGCGAUCAGGGAGGGGGAGAAGCCGAUACUGGAGGAGCCGAUCACGUUCAUCGAGAUGUACCGCAGGAAGAUGAGCAACGACCUGGAGCUGGCAAAGCUCAAGAAGCUAGCGAAGAUGGAGAAGCAGGCAGAGUUGGUAGCGCAGGAGAAGACGAACGGCGGCAUCGGCGUAGCGACUGCCAAGGGACUGAAUGAGAUUCUCGCUUAAUUAUUGCGCAAACAAAUUUCGUAAUACUUCUGUGGAUGCUCUGUGCAUGUAAUAAACUUUAUGGCGUAUGAAUUACGAGAUGGUUCAUCGUUAUUCUACUUAUUUA